AUGGCUGGAGAGUCCCUUACGGAGAGGAAGCAGUUAGCGAAGCGCGUAAUCGAGAUUGUGCCCAUCAAAGACUCGCGUAGUCUAACGAUUCGCUUCCCCAUUCCAGACCUGCAAGAAGAGUACAAAUCAAACCCUGCUCAUUAUAUUUCUCAUUUACUUGGACACGAAGGGAAAGGAUCACUGUUGUCAGAACUGAAGCGUUUGGGAUGGGUAAGCUCGCUUUCUGCCGGUGAAUCCACUUUGGCAAAAGGAAUGAGCACAUUCGAUAUUCAUGUUGAUCUCAGUGUUGAUGGCCUUAAUCAUACAGAAGAUAUUGUCAGCUUAGUAUUUAACUAUAUUGGUCUACUAAAACGUACCGGUGCUCUGUCGUGGGUUCAAGAGGAGCUCAGUGAAUUGGGAGAGCUUAAGUUCCGAUUUAAGGACAAGGAAAAUCCGAUGAGUUUGGCUACGAAGCUGGCGUCUGAACUGAAGCAAGUACCUUUCGAAGAUAUUCUAUCGUGGCACUAUUUGUUAACAGAAUUCAAUCCCGAUCGUAUCAUGGAAAUUAUCGAUAUGCUAACUCCUCAGAAUAUGUUUUACAUGGUGAUUGCGAAGAACUUCAGCGGUCAGGAAGGAAAUACAGAAGAGCCAGUCUAUGGGACAGAAAUGAGAAUCAGUGACAUUAGUGAGGGUACGAUGAAUCGAUUCCAAGCAGCUAUAGAGACGGUGCACCCUGCGCUUCAUAUGCCAGAGAAAAACGAGUACAUUCCGACGAAAUUCGAUCAGAAACCUCGAGAAGCAAUGAAGAGUGAGCACCCGCGUGUCAUCUAUGAUGAUGUAUGGUGUCGUAUCUGGUUCAAACAGGAUUGA